UCUGGCCUCGGCACGCACGUGUUUCUCGCAGCUCUGCGCUUGGUUACCGGAGCUUCCUCCUCAGGAUCCGCCACGUUCUCCAGGCUUUCCGUGAGUGCCCCUCCACCCACUGUCAGAACGACCCUCUCUUUGUCCCCGUCUGCCUCUGCGGGCGUUUUACUGCCUCCUAGCUCGGAGUUCUGCGAGACACCCAUACCAGGCCACGUUUCCUUUCCUCUGGCUGCUGAGGUUCGGGACUUGCUGGGGGACUCUGGACUCAUGGGCCAGAGUUUGGAGCUGAGCCUUGAAGAUGUUGGCUCACCCUGGACCUCUUUUACCCAUCUCGGAAUGGAAAGUGGACUGCGCUGGUGAUUUCUGUGACAUCCCGGACCCCUUAGUGGUGGAGCUCUGGUGCAGAUCUCCUUAUCCGCGCUUGGGGCGGGAGUUCCCCCCCACCCACGCAGCUUCUCCACAUCCUUAUUGGAUCUGUCUCCUUCUCCAAGAAGAGCACCCAGAAGAGCCGCAAAAUGGCCACGGGGCUCCCAAGAGCCACAAAAGAGGAUUCUGUGGCCUUCAGUGAUGUGGUCGUGGCUUUCACCCCAGAAGAGUGGAGGUUGUUGAGCCCAGCUCAGAGAACCCUGCACAAGGAGGUUAUGCUGGAGACCUAUAAUCACCUCAUCUCAUUGGAAAUUCUACUCUCCAAGUCAAAACUCAUUAGUAACAUGGAGCAAGUGGAAGAGCCUGGGAGAGGAGACAGAAAAUAUUCCCCAGAGAGCUGUCCAGCAGGAUCAAUGCCAGAAACUCAGCGUUGUACUUCCUGCCCUCUCCUAUUCUCCAGUCAACAAGCCCUCAGCCAACAUAUGUGGCAGAGUCCUCUCCCUCAGCUCUUCCCAAGUCUAUGUGCAGGAACUCACCGCUUUCCAUGGAAACAUUAUCUAGAAGAUCUGAAACAAUGGCAGGAACAAUUCUUUGAUCAAGAUGGCUUGAGAAACAAAGCAGAAACUCAAGAGCAAGAACAAGAGUCCAGGCUCCUGUUUGGGAGCCUCAGCAGAAGUGACUCUUCAAAGCCUAUCUCCACUCUACCUGAAGAAUAUCUAAUAAGGCCCAAGGAAGAUGUCCCGAUGAUGGAUACAAGUUCCAGUCUAGAACAGAAGGUGGACCUUGAGGAAACGGCCACCAAAUUAUUUCAUGGUUUAACUGUCUCACAGUUUGGAGUGCUCAAAUAUGAAAAUCUUGGACCAAGAUUCAUGAAGGAGUCUAAUCUACCUAGCCCCCAGAAGACACACCCAAGAGAGACAUCGUUCAUAGUUACCAAGUGGGGCCAGAGCCUUAGCAGACUGCCAGUCCUCAUGAAAAACCCAAAGACACAUGUUGGGGACAAGCCUUUUUUGUGCCAAGAAUGUGGGCGAGGCUUUACCUGGAAAUCAAACCUCAUCACACACCAGAGGAUGCACUCUGGGGAAAAACCUUUCGUGUGCAAGGAUUGUGGCCGAGGCUUUACUUGGAAAUCAAACCUCUUCACACAUCAGCGGAUACACUCAGGGGUCAAGCCUUACAUGUGCCAAGAAUGUGGACAGAGCUUCAGUCUGAAAUCCAACCUCAUCACCCACCAGAGGUCACACACCGGGGAGAAGCCAUAUGUGUGCAAGGAAUGUGGGAGUGGCUUUCGUCAGCAUUCACAUCUCGUCCGACAUAAAAGGACACAUUCAGGAGAGAAGCCUUUUGUCUGCAGAGAGUGCCAGCAAAGGUUUAGCCAAAAGUCACACCUUGUCAGACACUUGAGGACACAUACAGGAGAGAAACCUUACAUAUGCACUGAAUGUGGGCGUGGCUUUAGCUGGAAGUCCAACCUCCUCACACACCAGAGGACUCACUCCGGGGUCAAGCCUUACGUGUGUCUAGAGUGUGGCCAGAGCUUCAGCCUGAAAUCCAACCUCUCUAAGCACCAGAAGGCACAUGCUGGGGAGAAGCCCUUUGGGUGCACAGAGUGUGGACGCAGCUUUACUCGGAAAUCCUCGCUUGUCACACACCAGAAGAAACACUCAGGGGAGAAGCUAUUUGUAUGCCGGGAGUGUAAGCGAAGCUUUAAUGAUAAAUUGACUCUCCACACACACCAGAGGAUACAUUCGGGGGAAAAGCCUUUCAUGUGCAGGGAGUGUGGUCAAAGAUUUCGGCAAAAGCCUAACCUAUUUCGACACAAGAGGGCACACUCAGGUGAUUCAGUGUGCAGGGAGUGUGGGCAAGGCUUUUGUGAUAAGCUCACUCUCAUUAAACAUGAGAGGGCACACUCGGGGAACAAGGUGCACAUGUGUAGGGAGUGUGGGCAAGGCUUUAGCCGGCAGUCACACCUCCUUAGACACCAGAGGACACACUCGGGAGAGAAGCCUUAUAUUUGCAGGAAAUGUGCUCGGGCCUUCAGUAGGAAAUCGAAUCUCCUCAGGCAUCAGAGGACACACAAUAUAGAUACCAUCUGUGUGCAAGGAAUAUAGCAAAGAGUCAAAAUUACAGUGGGGAGUCAGCAUCAGAUACCAAAACACACACACAGGGCAAUGGUUUUAGUAAUAGCCAAUAGGAUUGUGGUGUGUCUUACACUAUCUGGAUAAGACUUAUAUGGCUGUCCCCUGAAGGAAACUUUCUACCCAUGUUCAAGGAGCCCUGGCCUUCUAUCCUGGAGAUGGCGUUUUGUGGAGGACUUUUAAACAGGAUGAAAUUAGGGAAUGGAGAUUUCCCAGAUCAUUUUCUCAGAUCACAUGAAUACUCUUUCCGCAAACUACCUUCAGUAUUACAAAAAACGAUACAAUACUACAGCUUGUCUUCGAUUGUCUGUCUUGCCUUGCAGCUGAGAACAAGAGACCAAGCAGGCUCUGUGACAGAUUUCAUCUUUGUUCUUUAGCCUGGUCAGCCUUGUAGAGUUUGGGGAAUGAUGAAUUUACAUAGACAGACCUACAGGGACCCAAGAUUUUAUUGUUUGACAGGCUGCAGAUAUUCUAGCUGUAGGUUUUGGGAAGAAGUGUCCAAUUUUUAAAUAUCCUGCCCUUGCCUGCUUCCUAAGACUUCCUCUGGCUCCAGGUUAGUUCACACAAAGAUACUUAUUUGUCGACUGAGGUAUUUAGGUAAUACAUGAUACUACAAUGAAGAAAAUAUACAGAAGUAGGAAAUGAAAUUGUUUUCUCUUCUUUGAAUUAGCAUAUAGUAUCCCUUAAGUGACUCAUGGAUUUAAGACUUGCCAACUGUUGUAAAAUGUACCAGUUUUCUGGUU